AUGCACAACCACCGGUGGCUACUCGCACAUGACCUCAUCGUCCAACUGGACAACUGGAGGUUCUUUCCAGCUACGGUCCCGGGCGAGAAGCAACUGGCUAUUUCCCAUAUACUUGAUAGGCUUAUUUCCCGUCUUCUUGGCGAUGACAGAGUUGAUGUGGAGGCAACUGACGUCGCAGGGAGGACUCUCCUUCACUAUGCAUCCGCUUUUGGAUCCCCAGGGCUAGUAGCGACGCUGGUCGACAAGAAUCUCAAUGUCUCUGCUUUAGACAAUCGACAUAACACGCCUUUACAUCUUCUCGCUAUGGGGCAAAAAGGGUUCCGGUGCCAAGAAAACAAUAUGAGCCAACAACGUACUAUACUUUACCGCAGGCCAGAGGAGUGGACUGUCACGGAUCCUCCCCAAACUCAUGAUAGUGAAGAGGAUCUAGACCCCUCAUUGAGAGUGUUUACUUUGGGAGUGCAAGCGUGCAUCGAGAGAAAAAUCCGCCUUUCCCUUCGUUCUAGUCACUCCCUCUCCUCCUCUAGCGGCACAAGUGUUUCAAGCUUUAACAUGGAUUCCUACCUUGAAGUGCUGAGGACUGUGCGGAAUGGACGUCCACCUGGUAGCCAAAACCAGUGGACUGGCACGAAUAUUGUCGAUCUACCGGUUUCUCGAGGUGAUGACAUCAACGCCAUUACAGAUACAGGAGAUAUGCCACUGCACUUGGCAUGUUAA